UUUAAUGCAGUCACCCAAUAAAACAAUAAAUUAGAAAAUAAAAAGAAAGAAAUUAAAUAAAUAAAAAAAACAAAAAACAAUUGCGAGACUUCUUCUCACCGUAGCCAUCGGUCAAAGCUCGCCACCAUCAUCGUCGUCGUCACCGCCACCGUCACACAUCCCAGCGCCGACACUUGCCAUUUUCAGAGUGAGAGUGAUCUAUGACGAAUUCAGAACUUAAUCUCUCAUCCGUUCAGUCCAAUUUCUCCUCCAUUCUCCGACCACCGUAACGGUCACGACUCGGCCUUCUUGUGUUCGCCACCGUCACGGCUCGCCACCAUCUCUGUUUUAUUUUGUCGAGGUAAGAGGAUGGAGGCAGAGCUGGUGUUACCUAACUAUCUCAGUUUUAAGAGAAUUCAAAUGUAUGACAAAUACCCUAAAGGUCAAUCCAGAGGCAGGCACUGGAAGCAUCUUAAGCAGAUUAUUCAGGCUGAAAAUUACCAGAAUUACCCUCACGAUGAACCCAAUUAUGUGAAUAUUGAGUCACCCCCUUCUAUGCAUCCUUGCAAGAGAAUUUGCGAUAUUACAGGCUAUGAAGUAAGUAAUGUUCUUUAUGAUUCUUGUUUGGUGGUGUUUACUUGCAAGAGGAAGUGCUUUUCAUUUGUGGAAGAAGUUUUCAAAAUCUCUAUUUAAAAGGCUAUUCUCACAUAUUUUUAUUUUACAGAAAUUAUGAAACUAAUUAUAUUCUAUUAAUCUAUUCUAUCUUUUUUCUUGUCACUAGUUAUACGUUAACAUCCUAUUGAAUCUGUUGAUAGCAUUAGAAAUUGAAACUUAAAUAAUCACAUAUAUCUUGCUUUUUUUUUCUAGCAUUCAAAUCUUGUGAUUUUAUCUUCUAAUUAUUUGUGGUGAUCAAAAGAAAUCUUCUACCUGCAUUGAAAAUUUUGCUAGCUACAUCUUCUCAUAGAACUAUUUAUUUUCAUCUUAGGAUUCCCGGUAGAGUGCUCAAUCUACCGUUCCUUAGCAUUAAUUGCUUUUUCCCCGCAUAAUCCUUGUAUAUUUUUCUCAUCUUCAUGCCCAGAAUUAAGUACAAUACCGUCCUCAAGAUUUCAAAUGAACAAUAGGAGAUAAUGAGAUUAAAUUGUAUAUAUCUUGUCAAUAUUUGGAAACUGAAUGUUUUCAGCUUGACCUAAUUUAAAAGUAUAAGUUUGGUUGAGAUUUAGCAUCUUAGUUGAUAAAUCUCUGAAAUUAAGAAUCAUUAUAGUUGGAAAAGGUGGACAGUUUUGAGACAAAUCUCAAAUUAAUAUUUUGAUGAUAAACUAAGGGUAAGUAAGAUUAUAAUUAUGAUUAUGUGCAUGUUGGUAUUUGAUAUGUUUGCUUGAGUUUGUUAAUCAAGAUAGGUACCAAGAAAAUCAAAGUAGAUCAUAAUAAAAAAGAAACAAAACCAAGUCAGAAAAACGAAGAACGUUCUUGACAGUUUUAAAGGAAAAUGAAGAACGUUCUCCACAAGUUCCAGAAUUUCAAAAAGUAAUCAGAUUAGAUUCAGAACUUGCAGAUUCGUUUUAGUAGGUUCUCCAAAAUAUACAAGGAUAGAUUUCAGUAUGAAGAUCACUCCAAGAGGCAAGACAAAGACUAUAAUUCAUACGUCAUUAAAACAAAAUAAUUCUCCAAAGUUAAAGCAAACAAGAAGCAUAAAAAUUGACAAGUUUGGACAGAACAAUCGUGCAAUUUUUAACAGUCUGUACAUGGGUUGUAAAGCAUGAAUAACACUUCACACAUAUAUGAAGUUAAAGUCAAAACUUAGUUGCCACAAAGCAAAAACGAAGAUCGUUCUUGAUUUUCAAAAAGCAAGACUGCCCAAAUCCAAAAACAUUCUUGCUUUAUGAUUGAUCUUAUCCACUCACUGCCAUAUGACAGCUGGAUAACUCCCAACGAAAAAAUGAGUUGUCAUAAGCUCUCUUGAAGCCUAUAAAAGGGACUUCAAGAUGAAGGAAAAGUCAGAACUCAAGAAAGCAAGCAAUACUUCAUUUACAAUCAUAUUCGAAAUUCUUUGAGAUUUUCAAACAUCUUUCAAAGUUCAGUUCUCAAUUGGCUAUAAGUUUCAAUCACUACUAAGUUUCAAAAUCAGAAUCCAUUCUCAAACACGAGUUAAACAUAUUCAGAUACUGUCAUACUCCUUAAAUUAUUCUUCUGUAAACUCAAGACUAUUGUGUUGAAAUAACUUAAGAAGUUUUUGUAAAAAUCCUUUUAUGUGUGUGAAAGGUAGUGUGUAAAUCAUUUCUAAAGAUUGAAAGGUAGAUAUGUGGAAAUCCUUUCUAAGCUAAAAGGUGGUAAGUUGUAAUAGAUCAAGAUUGAUCUGCAAAAGUUGUGUGAAAACCAAAUACAUUCUUGCUUUGAA